UGAAUAUAAUACAAAUUUCUUAGUUAAAUCAAAAUCACAUCGUUUGGGUGCCGGGCCAUUUUUUUCUGUGUACUAUUGGCUCUUUCCAACUAAAUAAUAGCAAAUGCCGCCGACUAAAAAGAUGAUUCUACGCCGUCAACAAGACUUUGACCCGUCUUCAUUCUUAGUGCUCUCCACGCGUAUGGCUAGCUGUGUUUACGUUUUUUUUGUUAUCAGUCUUAGCUAAACAAAAUAAUCUAUGCAAAUUCAUUGUCAAGUUAAUAAAAUAAAGUAAAUAGAGUUAUCGGGAAACAGCUGAUAUAAACAAACCAUCAGCGGAUUAUUUGUGUCAAAGUGAGCGAGUGCAACAUAAGCCUUUGAAUUCUAACCUAAAAUCGUGUGUCUCGUUGAAUAUUUCGCUCACUGCCCCUUCAUUCGGACGGACGGACGCGUCACCACCCCACCGAAAGAAAAUCGAAAGUGGUUGUAUGGCGUUACCAUUAAAUAAUCGUUUGGUUUGAGAGCGAUGAGAAAUGGGGAGUGCAUUUGGCCCAUAAACAAAGAAAGAGCGUAGCAAAACAAACUCGCAAUUACAAAAGUUGAACGCAUUGGGGUGACCACCAAUCAAGAUUCUACAGAAAGCUUCAAUUAGCCGGUUUGACAAGCAGUUUUCGUAUUGUUUAUGCCUGUGCGACAUCGAAUGUAUCAUUCAUUCAUCAUAGCACACACUUAAAUACAUAUGCACACAAUAUCUGUAGAUUGCUGGUGCUGCUGUGCGGAUUUAAUAUUUGGUUUAGUUGAACAUUAGCCGCAGAAGAGAGCAUACACAAGUGCUGACUAAGAUUGCGACGGCCCAAGAUGCCCGUGACGGAAUUACAAUCACCCACCAGUGAAAUGGUUCUUCUGACACCAAAUCAGGAAAAUCCUCCUCCAAUUAUAGGUGUCAAUAAUCAUGCCGGUAAAGCUUGCGGCAAUGAUGAUCGCAAUAAACGUGGAGAAUCUGCGGAUAGCAAUGACAGCAGGGUUCAGAUGAAGAAACGUCUGGGACUAUUAGAAGGAGUCGCAAUCAUUUUGGGAAUCAUAUUUGGUUCCGGUAUAUUCAUAUCACCAAAAGGGGUAAUACAACAGGUGGAAACUGUUGGUACAUCUCUGAUCAUUUGGAUUCUUUGUGGUCUGUUGUCUAUGAUUGGGGCCCUAUGUUACGCGGAGCUAGGUACAUCGAUACCACAGUCAGGUGGCGAUUAUGCAUACAUAUUGGAGGCCUACGGUUCAUUGCCCGCAUUCCUCUAUCUAUGGGAUGCCAUGAUGAUAUUUGUACCUACAACAAAUGCCAUUAUGGGACUAACAUUUGCUUCUUAUGUACUUCAACCUUUCUUCGAUGCGGACUGUGAAAUACCUACGGCUGCCAAACAACUAUUGGCUGCAGCCACCAUUUGUUUCCUAACAUACCUGAACUCUAGUUACAUGAAAGUGACUACAAAAAUGCAAAAUAUUAUUAUGUUUACAAAAAUUGCAGCAUUGGUCCUUAUUAUUAUCAUAGGCUUAGCGUGGAUGUGUAUGGGUCAUGUUGAAAACUUCUCGGAUGCUUUUGCCAAUACGGAAACUGAUCCUGGCAAACUAUCGGUGGCAUUUUAUUCUGGCAUAUUUUCAUAUGCCGGUUGGAACUAUUUGAAUUUUAUGACUGAAGAACUGCGUGAUCCUUACAAGAACUUGCCAAGAGCCAUUUAUAUUUCACUGCCUUUAGUGACAAUAAUUUACGUGUUGGCAAAUAUGUCAUAUUUAGCUGUAUUAACUGCGUCGGAAAUGAUUGCUUCAGAUGCUAUCGCCGUGACUUUUGGUGAUAAAAUUUUGGGCGCUUGGUCACUAAUUAUCCCCUUAAUGGUAGCUAUUUCGGCAUUUGGUGGUCUUUCGGUUCAUAUUAUGACUUCAUCACGUAUGUGUUUUGUUGGUGCUCGCAACGGCCAUAUGCCGGCUGUAUUGUCUCACAUAAGUGUUAAAAAGUUCACUCCGGUGCCGUCUUUAGUUUUUCUGUGUAUAUUAUCAAUUAUAAUGCUGCUGUGUAGUGAUGUAUAUGUGCUAAUAACAUACUGUAGUAUCGUGGAAUCUUUCUUUAUUAUGUUGUCAGUAUCGGCUGUAUUGUAUUUCCGUUAUACACGACCGAAUUUGGAGCGUCCCAUAAAAGUUGCCCUAUGGAUACCAGUAGUGUUUGUCUUGAUAUGUGCCUUUUUAGUUGUAGUGCCCAUUUACGUGGCACCCUAUGAAGUAGGCAUGGGUGUUUUAAUUACGGUUGUGGGUAUACCAUUCUAUUAUGUUGGUGUGGUAUGGCAAUCCAAACCCAAAUGGUUGCUCAAUACAACAACAUACUUGACGUACAUGUGCCAAAAAAUUUUCGAGUCUGCCAAAGAGGAAAAGGAAGAUUAAAUUUGAUUUUGUUUUCAAGUGACCUGUAUUUUUUA